AGCCCAAGAGAAGAGACAGCGAGAGCUAUUGAGAGGAAAAAGGGAAAAAAGCUAGUUACCAGCAUGCGUGUGACCUCCUCUUUCGUCGUGAUCUCCCUGCUCGCGCUUCUGCUGCUGUUCCCGUUGGUCGAGAUGAAACGAGCGGGCAAAGGCAGAGGCCUCAAAGGAGCAAGACGCAAGCUCGCGCGGGACAGGGUGAGAGGCGCUGGCCGUCACGGCAGAUCCGACUCCUCAAGACCAGGCAACUGCUCAGAAUCCUUAGAGUCCGGACGUGUCUUUGCAGACUGUCAGGGCUGUCGCCUCACCUCCAUUCCCAGGCCGCAGACCUGGUCCAGAGCACCCAAGUACCUCCUCUUAGCACGUAAUAGGAUCAAGGUUCUCCGCGAUGAAGCCUUCGCCGGCUACGAGAGUCUAACUAGCCUGGACUUGCAGCAGAAUCACAUCUCGUUGGUGGAGGAGGGGGCCUUUGAGGGUUUGACUCGACUCACAACCCUGCUGCUCCAGCACAACCGCCUGACCUCGCUGAGCGAGGAAGCUCUCAUCCCAAUGCCCAACCUCCGCUACCUGCGUCUCUAUGACAAUCCACUGAACUGUCAUUGUGACAUGGACAGCCUGGUACAAACCCUUCAAGUCCCAAGCAACCGGAAUCUGGGAAAUCAUGCAAGGUGUGCAGAGCCUCUCAGGCUUAAAGGCAAGAAGUUGAAGCGGAUCGACCCCGAGCUGCUCUGCAAGAAGUCAGACCCAAAUGAAAAGCCGCAGGGCGACCAGACUGAUCCGAAAGAUCCGGCGGAGCCAAGUCCCUUUCAAAACAAACCAGAUGCCAUCACAUCCUGCCACACUUAUUACUUCCCUCAUGUACGCGUGGACUGCAGUCACCGAGGUCUAACCGAGGUGCCUGCUGGUAUUCCCGAGGACGCCGUCCAAAUAGAUCUCUCCCACAAUUCCAUCCGUCAUCUCAAGGCCAAGAGUUUCCAAGGAGCAAAGAGUUUAAAAACGCUGAACCUCAGCCAUAACAACAUGGAACGCAUUGACACAGCUUCCUUGUUCGGGCUCCUCCACCUCCGCGAGUUGGACCUGUCAGAAAACAGCCUACAUUUCAUCCAGUAUGGGGUCCUUGAAGAUCUCUACUUCCUGUCCAAGCUGAAGCUGGGGGGAAACCCUUGGGUGUGCGAUUAUAGCAUCCACUACAUGAUGUACUGGCUUCGACUCCACCCAGUGGUGAGGCCCUCGGGACUGAUGUGUCGCUCGCCUCCCGAAUACACGGGCGAGAGCGUGGAGGAGUACGUGCGCGCCUACAACCGAGGUUGUCCCAAAGACAGGCAGCAGAGUCCGCGAGACCAAACCGAAUCGGAUGAGCUGCUCUGGAACUCCCUGGAAGAGGUCCAGGGCGAGCCGGAGGAGGAAGUGGAGCCCAGCCACUUGAGACAGCCUCAGAAGUACCAGAUUAUCAGACUGUCUUGAGGCAAAAGGCUCUGAAUGGGCUCUGUGUACAACUUUAGCCAAAUCCUUUUCAUUGUGUCAAAUAGUCUGUAUCAGAUGAAGAAUCUACUUAUGUGGUGUGUACCCCCCCCCCAAAAAUAUGGGAAUGAUCUCAAAUAUUUUUUUAAAAAAUGUACAAGCCCAAUUUGCAGGUUUAAUGGGGAUCUGUUCAUUUCCAGUGGUGUAUAAUAAUUACAAAUGUCACAAAAGUGUUUUGCUUAAUACACUCAAAUGUCGCAAUAAAAAGCAUUUUUGACUUA